GACUGAGCGCUACGUCAGCAGUGAUACGGAAACAUGGCGGUGUCCAUUGCACGGCGCCCGGCUGCCAACGCUCGACUGUUGAUAUUAAGUUUUCUCACAGCGUUAAUUUUUCACUUCAGUGUCGCCGACGUCGCCACAGGUGCCUCGAACACAGAAGAACCUCCUCACCGCCGAUUUGAGUACAAAUAUAGCUUCAAAGGGCCGCACCUGUCUCAGAGCGACGGUAGUAUCCCGUUUUGGAUCCACACUGGAAAUGCCAUUCCAAGUGCCGAUCAGGUCCGCAUUACACCAUCCCUCAGAAGUCAGAGGGGCUCUGUUUGGACGAAAAACAAAGUCACCUUUGAACACUGGGAGGCAGAGGUGACCUUCAGAGUUUCUGGAAGAGGCAGAAUGGGGGCGGACGGUUUGGCAGUGUGGUUCACCAGUGUACAAGGCCUUGACGGUCCGGUGUACGGUGCUGCUGAUCAGUGGAAUGGAGUGGGGGUCUUCUUCGACUCUUUUGACAAUGAUGGAAAGAAAAAUAACCCAGCUAUAAUUGUUGUGGGGAACAAUGGUAACCUUGUUUAUGACCAUCAAAAUGAUGGCUCCACACAAGCCCUUGGUACAUGUUUACGAGAUUUCCGCAACAAACCCUAUCCCAUCAAAGCCAAAAUAACAUACUACAAAAAGACAUUGACGGUCAUGAUCAACAAUGGUUUUACUCCAGACAAAGAAGACUAUGAGUUCUGUACAAAGGUGGAUAACAUGAUCAUUCCUACUGAGGGCUUCUUUGGCAUUUCAGCUGCUACUGGUGGUUUAGCAGAUGACCACGAUGUUCUGUCCUUCUUGUUAUUCAGACUCACAGAGCCAGGCCAGCAGCCGCCCCCAGUUGAGUCUGAGAUUCCUAAAGAAGAGAAGGACAAGUACCAGGAGGAAUUUCAGAACUUCCAGCAAGAGCUUGAUAAAAAGAAAGAGGAGUUUCAGAAGGAGCACCCAAAAGUCCAAGGAGAGCCAAUUGAUGAUUUGUAUGAAAGCGUGAAUGACCGGGAAAUCCGGCAGGUGUUUGAAGGUCAGAACCGGAUCCACCUGGAAAUAAAACAGCUUCACCGGCAGCUUGCUAUGAUCCUGGAUGAGCAGCGGCGAUAUGUCUCCGUUCUCACAGAUGAGGUUGCCAAAAAGGGAGCAAACGCUGGAUCAGGACAGGUGGAUUUAGCCAGUCAGCAGCUGGGUUCCGUCAUAUCCACACAGCAGGAGGUUCUCCGGAAUCUGAAUGAGCUGAGAAACUCCUUCUAUGAGUCACUGAAACAGAUCGGCUCUGCCCAGCAUCAGGGUAAUGCGGUUGGCAUGGGGACAUAUGAGACUAUUCAGCACUUCAACGACAUCAAGGAACAUCUGCACAUAGUGAAAAGGGACAUGGAGCACCUUGUCCAACGAAAUGUCCAGAAUCCUGCAGAUAAAGUUGUAAAAUGCCCCGAGGUGCCUCCAAUGCCUUCCUGCUUAUCCACUGCUCAUUUUGCAAUAUUUGUCAUCAUCCAGUCAGUGCUGUUCUUCUGCUACAUCAUGUACAAAAGUCAACAAGAAGCAGCUGCAAAGAAGUUCUUUUGAUGACAUUUAUAAAAACAAAUGUGUGUUCAAGAGAGAAUGUCCGUUUUCAUAAUUUUUGUUCAAUUCAGAUUUAAGUUAUUGUACUUGAAAAAUGCUGAGGAAGUUUGUUUUAAUUAACAGCAGAUUUUUUUUAAUUUGAUCAGUAAUGUGUGUGAAUGCCAGUGUUAAGACUUGCUGUCCUUAAUUUCAACACAAUGUAACAUAUUCCUUACAGUAUUUACUUAUUGGUCAGAUCCUUAGUUUGUCUUCAGAAGCUGAAAUCUGCCACAAUCUCUUUCUGUUAAUCCAACAAAUUAAAAAAAAAAAGACCUGUGUUUUGAAAUGUGCAAAUUUUGUAUAAAAUAAUGCAAAAAAAAAAUGAUGCCUCCAACAUCAAGUAUCUACUUCAGUAUGUCUGUUUGAGUCAAACAUGUCCGAAUCUGACAUGUCCUCUACCUGAACAAUUUACAUAAAUGGUUGACACAAA